UGGUCAAACAUGAGAAACCUCUAUUUGUCCCGAAAUAGCUUUUGAACCUGAUAUGUAUCUCGUCAUGCGGACAUUCGGCUCAUCUGACGUGUGGGAAUCAACAUUUUUCUAUUUCGAUAGAACUUUCAUAUUCUCUCUCUUACCGCUAAAUUUAUGAAAAAAGCGAGAGCAGUAAGCUAGAUACCAACGAAAUAUCACUGGGCACGUGAUCAGAGCUAAAAAGGACGUGGCCUAAGCCUCCCUUCCCCUAGGAUAAGAGCGAAUCCUUCCCAUGGGCCUCCGCACGCAUUAACGCCCUAACGUGGAUGUCGCGAUUUUCAAGUGAAAUUUCUCAACGCAUUCUGUGACAUGUCCUUUCCAUUACAAAGAAUUAAAUUGAGAGAAGAGUAAUAGCGCAAUUACAUCUGAUAACGAUGCAUAGUAUUUUUCGAGGAUCAGCGAAGACGCUGUCGUACAAUUCCCACUCUAUAUCCUCAACGAUUGUCGGCAAAUCGUUCGAAGGAGUGUCGACUCAAUUACCUAUUCUGUACAGUAAAGUUACAAUCCUUGGAUUCUAUCGUUCGUUUUCGCAUUCUCAAAGAGGCGCCCGAAGACUUGGAACCGCUGUAAGAAAUUACAUGCGAACCCUCCGAUGGUUCAGUAUUCCAGCGAGUGUUGGCUUCGCUUACGUUUGUUAUCAACAAUUCUGGCACAUUAGGGAGAGAGAAAAACGUAAAUUACAUGCUGGUGAAUCUCUUGAACCUAGUCAAUGGCAGGUUGCAUUGUUCAAGAAAUUGCCCACAAGAGCUUGUUCACGUGCUUUAGGUGCAGUUUGUGAUAUUGACUUGCCACCAUGGUUACGUAAACCCAUCAUUGGCUCAUAUUCGUGGUAUUUUGCCUGUAAUGUUACUGAAGCUGUAGAGGAAGAAAUUGUUAACUAUUCAAGUCUCGGAGCCUUCUUCAGAAGACAACUUAAACCUGAUGCAAGAAGAAUCUGUGAUGCAAGUUGUAUCGUGAGCCCUGCAGAUGGUACUGUUCUGCAUUUUGGUGAGGUGCAAAAUGACUUAGUGGAACAAGUCAAAGGAAUAACUUAUUCAAUGAAAACUUUCCUUGGACCUAAUCAACCAUCUGCUUCCACCUACAAAGAACUAGAGUCUAAUGACAAUAAAAAGCUUUAUCACUGUGUUAUUUAUCUUGGACCCGGUGACUACCACUCCUUUCAUUCACCAAGUGAAUGGAAUGUAAAGCAAAGAAGACAUUUUCCAGGAGAUUUGUUUUCUGUGCAUCCAGGAAUAGCUCGUAUGGUUGCUGGACUUUUCAACCACAAUGAGCGUGUUGUUCUUACUGGUACAUGGAAACAUGGAUUUUUUAGUUUUACUGCCGUUGGAGCUUACAAUGUUGGAUCUAUCAACCUCAAGUUUGAUCAGGAUUUGAAGACAAAUUGUCCAGGGAGAUAUUCAGAAGGAUCAUUUGAUGAGUGUGACUAUAUUAGUGAUGAACCUAAUGGAGUAUCCCUUGUGCGCGGUGAAAGAAUGGGAGCAUUUAACCUUGGAUCAACAAUUGUCCUGAUAUUUGAGGCCCCCACAGACUUUAAAUUUGAUGUGCAACCUGGACAGAAACUGAAAUAUGGUGAACCAGUGGGAUCUUCAAGAGAAGAUACAGAUUAGACAAAUUAUCAAGUAAUGUAGCUAAUUUUUGAGGUGGAGAUGCAUGUAUUUUUGUUUUCUUGGGAUAUUUAAACAUGAGAGCUCUUUCUAAAUCUUCUUCUGAAACUCAAACACUCAAGAUUUCCAUAUACCCAAAAAACAUUGUCUUAAGAGAAAUCUUUUUUCUUGCCAUUGUUUUCUUUUACCAAAUUACUGUGUGCAUAAUGAAUUAUGGGGUUAUAUGGAAAUCUUGUCAAUAUCUCUAUGGUUUAGUUAUCAUUAAGUUGUUGUUGUGGAGGGCUGUGUUGAUUAUGUGGACCACGCAUAUUAGCAAGUGGCAGUCUGCUCUUCAAAGAAAGAAACUAAUAAAAAUAAUUCAAGUGGAAAAAUAUCACACAAAAAAAACUGCUGAUGAAAUUAAAAGCAGCUCUAAGGUCUGCAGGUAAUCUUAUCAAUGACAUUAACAUUUGUCCAUGAGACAGCCCAUGUUCUGUCAAGGACUAAAAUUUAGUGAGUAUUGAAAACUCUUGAAUUUAAUUGUUAGUUUAAUUGAUUUGGGUGAGCUAUAUGAUCAUCUGAAUAUUUUUCAUUGUGGCUUUACAAAAUCUUAGUCUAGGUUGUUCAAACACAUUCAUGCAACUCAUUAUUAAAUAAAAGGAUCAAAUUCUCUCUGAUUUUCAAUAUGACAUGUUUAAAAAUCCUGAGAAACUUGUUGAAUCUGUACAAAGAUUAUAUUGGAAAAAAUAUUUAUUAUACAUAAUUUGUUUAUAACAAGGGGAACCAAUGAUAGGUGUGAACUGAUCAAUCAAUUAUACUUAUUUCACCUAUGUUAGGUUCACAAUUAGAAUUUAUUUUUACUAAAUGUUUACAAAAAGAAAAAAACAUAACAUUUUUUUUUUAAGGAUUAGACAUUUAAUCCUACCCCAAAAAUUAUUGAAAACAAAGUUUGUAAAGCUUGGUCCCUUGGUAGGCAAGGUCAGGUGGAAUCAUGAAGAGGAUUUAGUUUGUGCAACCUUCCAUGGACCAGGUGUAGUUUGAGGACUAUGUAAGGCUGGAAAUGUUUUAAAUCCAUACUUGCAAGUAAAGUUAACUUGGUUCUGUAUGUAAUGUCCCAACAAUCUGUGGGAAUCACCAUAUACCAAUGUUGUUGGUGUUGAAAUUUGAUAGUAGGAAAGAGACUAAAAGAAACCUUGACAAA